CGUGUAGUGUUGGGCGCCUUUCAGUCGGUACUGUUUCCCGCGUGCUAUGCACUGGUGGCCAAAUGGACGCCCGAACACGAGCGCAGUGUAGUGCUAUCCCUACCGUUAAUUGGCGGCAAUAUUGGCACAAUUGUCACGUCAGCCCUAACCGGUUAUUUGACCGAGGAGGGUUUUGCCGGCGGCUGGCCAUCGGUUUUUUACGUAUCAGCUAUAAUGACUAGUGUUUUAAUGUUAAUAUGGAUAGUAUUAGUGCAAAGUGAGCCGCACCACCAUCGUUGGAUGACCCAUAAUGAACUAAAAAUAAUUAACCCAGUUCGUUACGCUAAUAUCAACAACAAUGUUAAUAGUAAAACAACUGCUAGUAAUGGUAUAGCGGGUGUACCGGCAAAACAGCGCACAUCUGUGCCGUGGCUUAAGAUAUUCACAUCACUACCGGUGCUGUCGUUAAUUGUGGUCAAGUUUACCAUCAAUUGGAUAUCCAUAAUGUUUUUGUUGAAAUUGCCCUCAUAUUUAAAAGUCGUAUUCAAUUAUUCAGCUGAACAGAAUGGGUUUAUUAAUGCUGGUGUAAAUGUAACUGUGCCUAUUGGAUUAUUUAUUGGUGGUUAUGUAUCGGAUUAUUUGAUCAGUAAAAAGCAUUACGAUAAAACAUUAAUACGAAAAAUAUUUCAAUCAUUGGCCACGUUUGGAUCGGCCGCCUGUUUAGCAGUCAUACCAUUAGGUGUGUUUCUAUACGGAUUACGUGGUGGUGGCGAUGUACCGGUUGAUGCAGACAUGACACUGCAAUACGUGGGAACAGUGUUCGCGAUUGCAAACUCCAUAGCAUUCACAUGCGGUAUAAUCACACCACUAGUAAUCGGGGUAAUAGUGGGCGACGGGACAGAACACGUGCGCCGGCAGUGGGCGUACGUGUUCUACAUGUCGGCCGCGCUUAACGUUUUUGGCGGACUUGUGUUCGUUGUGUUCGGUUCGGCCAAACAGCAGGAGUGGGACAAACAGCCCGUUAGACAUAGUAUUGAACUUAGCCAA